GUCCCUCCCCUUCCUCGUGUGUUGUGAUCCAAGCUUCUCCGUGCUUUGUUUUUGGUUGCCGGGCCGGCCGAGCGUGCAUGUUAGUGCACGUGAGUCCCUGUGUGUGUGUCCCACUGGCAGGCUAAUCACUGCCGCCCUUCACUGCGUUGAUAUGGCGGUUACCACUGAUAAUGCCGUCCUGACCCUCCGGUUCCCCUUCAGGUCCGUUGACCUGCCACUGAUGGGAUCAGCCUCCAUGGAGCUCAUCCAAGCCUCCCGGCUGCCUCAGGAAACCCCGACAGCUGCCUGGAUCAACAACUCCAUUCCCCCUCACUCCCAUUUCCUGCUCCUCUCCACUCCUUCUGAACCGCUUCUCGGCUUCACUCCGAGUGACGGCUCUUCCCUCUUUAACAGCAGCUGCCAGAACUGCAGCAGACCGGAGCCUGGAUCCCUCCCGGGCCUGGCUGGAAUCUUCAUCCCUCUCAUCUACGGGAUAGUGUGUGUCGUUGGCCUCGUGGGAAACACUCUGGUCAUCCACGUUAUUGUCAACUACACCAAGAAUGAGUCAGUCACCAACAUCUACAUCCUCAACUUAGCCAUUGCAGACGAGCUGUUCAUGCUGGGCCUGCCCUUCCUCGCGGUGCAGAACGCUCUGCUCUCUUGGCCCUUUGGCUUUCUAAUGUGCCGCGUGGUCAUGACCGUGGACGCCAUCAACCAGUUCACCAGCAUCUUCUGCCUGACCGUGAUGUCAGUGGACCGCUACCUGGCAGUAGUGCACCCCGUCCGCUCCUUCUGGUGGCGGCGCCCUCGUGUAGCCAAGGUCAUCAGUGCCACAGUUUGGGCGGGGUCGUUUGUGGUGGUGCUGCCGGUGGUGGUGUUUGCCGACGUGCUGAAGGAUGAUGGUAACUGCAGCAUCGUGUGGCCUGAGCCGGCGGAAGUGUGGAAAACGUCUUUUAUCGUGUACACGUGCACCGUGGGGUUCUUCUGCCCCCUGCUGGUCAUCUGCUUGUGCUACCUGCUGAUCGUCAUCAAGGUGCGCAGUGUUGGAAAGCGGGCUCAGGCCACGUCCUCUCGGCGCAGGAAGUCGGAGCGUAAAAUCACCAGGAUGGUGGUGGUGGUUGUGGCUGUGUUUGUCCUCUGCUGGCUCCCGUUCUAUGCUCUGAAUAUCGUCAACCUGCAGGUGGUCCUGCCCGGCGACUUCAGGGGGCUCUACUUUUUUGUUGUUGUGCUGUCGUAUGCAAACAGCUGUGCCAACCCCAUACUGUACGGAUUUCUGUCGGACAACUUCAAGAGAGGCUUCAGGAAGGCGCUGUGCGGCGCGUCACGCAGGGUGAAGAGCCACGACAGGGCCGGCACGGAGCUGCAGAGGCCGACAGAGGAGUGGGGGGGCGUUGUGCCCCAAGCGCAGCAAAGUGAAGGAGUCAUCAAUGUCCAUAGGAAAGACUGCGUGGAGAAAGAAGAAGAGGAGGACAUCAAUGGAACAGCAGGGGCCAUGCAGAUGAGGGAAAUAUGCAAAACAGCACAAAAUGGAAACCACAGCGGAGGAACAGAGGGCUCAAAGACUCAGGCGGUGCAGAGAGGUGAACCGGAGCCGGAGCACCCGAGUGCCAAACAUGGAGAGCAGGCUGAGAGAGGCUUUGAUCCUGCUCAGGUAGCAUCCUCUCGGCUCAGUAAAAGCAAAAACAGCAGGUCACAACCUGAAGAGCGCCUGGACAAUAACUCAGCGCUUGAAAUCAGCUCUUUGUAAGAGACACGCGACUGCAGUGGAUGUUGGGUCAAACUUCUUACAUUCAAAGAACUGCAGAUUACAGAUUACAAGUGUUAGAUCCUGGGAGGGACUGUUUGACACCAUGCACGUCUUAAAGUUGGGCUGAAAUGUGCAUCAUGUAAUGCAAUUGUUUUUUGCAAAAUUGAUGUUAACAGUGUUGGAUUGAAACAGAAUGUAAACCUAAAGGACACAUUUAAAUACCUGGCUGUAAGUUCUGUGGAGCGCAGGAUGAAGUUAGUGUUGCACACGCACACAGUCUUGAUUUGUGACUCUCUGCGUGUGAACCUGAUGUUACACCAGGAAGGUCAUCCGAGAUGUUCUGCUGUGUGUUUGGGUCGUGAGGUCACUUCAGUGUGAGUAACUACGUGAUGUACGACAUCAGUCUUGUUUCCUAUGAUCUCUGUUUGCAUUAACAUGUUGUAUCAGUGUCGUCACAGCUUUGGUAAAGUGUAAUGUGGUGAGAGUCGGCUCAAUACAUGUUUACAGAUGAUAUUUCUUACAUCCAUUAGCCCGAGCAGCUUAUC